AUGUCGGAGGCUCCCAAGCAGAAGUACUACGAGAGCAACGCCGGAGACGGCUCCCGCGCCACCGACCAGCACCAUAGCGGUCUUCCGUUAGCGCUCACGCUCAUCUCAUGUGUGGCGUCGCUCUUCAUCGUGGCGCUUGACCAGACUAUUGGCUCCAUCAUCAUCACCGAAGUGGGUGAGCGGUUCCACUCGUUCGAGAAGGUGGGAUGGUUGACCACGGCAUUCAUACUUCCGCUAGCCACACUCUAUCCAUCCUACGGCAAACUCUCCAUCGCCUUGGGCCGCAAGGUGUUGGUGAUGAUAGGCAUUGUGGUGUUCAUGGUGGGACUGUUGGUGUGUGGCAUGGCUUCGUCCAUGAAUAUGUUGAUAGGCGGACGUGCCGUGCAGGGUGUGGGCGCCGGAGCCGUGCAGUCCAUGGUGGGAGUCAUCAUGACGGAAUCGGUGCCCAUUUCCAAGCGGGCUUUGGCCUACACGCUCAUUGGUGUCACUUUCUCGGUGGCAAGUGUGUUGGGACCAUUUGUGGGUGGCGCCUUGGCCUCCAAAGUGUCCUGGAGGUGGUGUUUCUACAUCAAUUUGCCUAUUGGAGGACUGGCAUUGACGCUCUUCUUCUUUGGCUUCAAUCCUCCCAAGCCAGUGGGAAGCGUUCGGGAAAAGUUAGCCAAAAUCGACUACGUGGGCACCUUCUUCCUCACUGCAGGCUUAGUGUUGUUCCUCUUGGGACUCAGCUUUGGUGGUGUGGAGUUUCCUUGGAAGUCUGCUGCUGUGAUCUGCUGCUUGGUGUUGGGACCAGUUUUGAUGGCUAUUUUUAUGGUGUGGAACUUCCGUUUCGCCAAGAACCCCAUUAUUUUGACGGAGUUGCUUGUCAUCCCCCAGAUCAUCGCUGCCUGCAUUAGUGCCUCAUUCAACUUCGCCUUCUUCAUGGUCUACAUCGUGUUCUUGUCGAUCUAUUUCCAGGUCAUCUUCAACGCAUCAGCCUACCAAUCGGGUAUCGACAUGUUGCCGCUUGUCAUCGUGGUGUCCGUGUCGUCUAUGCUCAACGGGGUGUAUAUCAAGUUCACCCGUGACGUCAAGAGCACGAUGGUGUUUUCUGGAAUAUUGGCUCCGAUCGGAGGUGGUUUGUUGCUCUUGUUGAGCGACCACUCUCCUGUCCGCGACAGAAUCGGCCUCUUGAUCAUCAGUGGCUUUUCGGUGGGGUUGCAGUUCCAGAGUUCGAUGUUGGCAGCUCAGUUGAUGGCGCCUCCUGACGUCGAAGGCUCGUUGAUCUUGGUAACCAUUCUCCUCAACUUUCUCAAGUCUACUCUCUCGACAAUUGCCAUUUCGGUUGCCCAGCUCCUCUUCCAGAAUACUGGUGCCACUUACUUGGCAGAUACCAUCAACAGCCUCGAUCCCAGCUCGCUAGACUAUCAAAUUUUGAGCAAAAUCCCUCCCAAGGCCAUUCUUUCUUCACCAAGAUUAAUCAACCUGUUCCCCCCCUCGACCCGCCAGUUGGUGAUCCGCCAGUUCAUGAGAGCAUUGAAAAACACCUUCUAUUUCGGGCUUGGGCUUGCGUGUGUCUCAUUCGUUGCCUCAGUGUUUUGCACCAAUAGAAGAAUACCCAAAGAUGAAGAUGUCUUGAAGAAGGAAGACCACGAGAAGAAAGAAAUGGAGGACGAAAGGAUGACCCCCGAAACGGUGGACACCUCUAAAGAUUCAGAAACCUCACAACAUGACAGGGUGAUCUAA